AUGUCAUUAAUAAAUAUUUUCUCGAUACUAUUAAUAUCGUGCUUGUGCUACACUGUUCAUCUAGUGCAAACGCGACGUGUAAAACAUGGUAUACGUGAAAUAGGUGCUAAACAAUAUCAAUGUUUCUCAACCAUAUCCGAUAAUUCUGAUGAUUUUCGUCAGAAUUUACUUCGACCUUUAUUAAUUGAACGAGUACCAGGUACACCAGGCAAUGCAAGAGCUAGACAAUUUAUUAUUUCAAAAUUGCAAUCGAUUAAUAUGUGGGAUAUUGAACUUGAUACAUUCGAUGAAAUGACACCAUAUGGCAAUGUUGAAUUUACAAAUAUAAUAGCUACACUUGAUUCAACAGCAACUCGUCGUCUUGUUCUUGCUUGUCAUUAUGAUUCAAAAAAGCUUUCAAAUUUUGUUGGUGCUACAGAUAGUGCCGUACCAUGUGCUGUAUUACUUGAUUUGGCAAUUAGUCUUAAAAAACAAUUGAAUGAUUUAAAGAAAAAUAAAGGAAAUCCAACUUUACAAUUACUUUUUUUCGACGGUGAAGAAGCUUUUAUAGACUGGACAUCAACGGAUUCACUUUAUGGUUCAAGACAUCUAGCAAAUAAAAUGCGUUAUACAAAUGUUCAAGGACAAUAUAAUUUAAAUCAAAUUGAUGCAAUAGAUAUGUUCGUUUUACUCGAUUUAGUUGGACAUCAAAGCAUGAGAUUUGUAAAUUUUUUUGACAGAACUACUGGCAAAUAUUUUAAUAGAUUACGAAAUAUUGAAACUCAACUUCUUCGUUCUUAUAAUAAUAAUGCAUAUAAAAAAGCAGCAUUUUCAUCUGAUAUGCAUCCAGGUUAUGUGCAAGAUGAUCACGUACCAUUUUUAAACCUAGAUGUGCCAAUCCUUCAUUUAAUUUCUUUUCCGUUUCCACCGACAUGGCAUACAGCUGAUGAUAAUGAAGCCAAUCUCGACUUCGAAUUAAUUACACAUUUUCGCAAUGUAAUGAAAAUAUUUGUUAUUGAAUAUCUUCAUUUAGAUCCGCAAAUAUGUUAA